CUCUUUCCGUCUCUAUCCCCGUGGAGAAAAUGGCGGCGGGGCUGAGCGGGACCCACAGCACCAACAGCACCGAGACCCCGGGCACUGCACCCCACAGCCGCCCCCCCCGGCCCUCCCCACACCAUUAACCCCCAGCCGAGGCCUUGUAACGCCGUGUGGUGCCGGUACCCCCACACAGCGCUGUGGGGCGGUGGGAGGGUUUCUCCCCUCCUCCUUCCCACCCCUGAGGGGGCGGCGAUAGAAAAGAAGAAAAAAAAAAGGAUGCCACGGAAGCCGCUGUUGCUUUAUAAAUCUGUUUUUCCUCCUUUCCGAGCUCGCAAAGUGCUGCAUGACGGGGUGGCGAUGAACGCGGCCAGAAGCGGCUAUCGGGUUUUCUCGGCUAAUUCCACAGCAGCCUGCACCGAGCUGGCCAAGCGCAUCACUGAGCGUCUCGGUGCUGAGUUGGGCAAGUCUGUGGUGUACCAGGAAACCAAUGGAGAAACAAGAGUUGAAAUAAAAGAAUCUGUCCGGGGCCAGGAUAUCUUCAUUAUACAGACCAUCCCCAGGGAUGUGAAUACUGCUGUGAUGGAGCUGCUGAUAAUGGCUUAUGCACUGAAGACUUCCUGUGCCAGGAACAUCAUUGGGGUCAUCCCUUACUUCCCCUACAGCAAACAGAGCAAAAUGAGGAAGAGAGGCUCCAUAGUCUGCAAGCUGCUGGCUUCCAUGCUUGCUAAGGCAGGUUUAACACACAUUAUCACUAUGGAUCUUCAUCAAAAGGAAAUCCAAGGCUUCUUCAGCUUCCCUGUAGACAACCUGAGAGCAUCCCCUUUCUUGAUUCAGUACAUACAGGAAGAAAUUCCAGAUUAUAGAAACGCAGUUAUUGUGGCCAAGUCUCCUGAUGCAGCUAAAAGGGCUCAGUCUUAUGCUGAGAGGCUGAGGCUGGGGCUGGCAGUGAUCCACGGCGAGGCUCAGUGCACAGAGCAGGACAUGGAUGAUGGACGUCACUCCCCUCCUAUGGUCAAAAAUGCAACUGUGCAUCCUGGUCUGGAGCUGCCAUUGAUGAUGGCCAAGGAGAAGCCACCAAUAACUGUGGUUGGAGACGUCGGAGGAAGAAUUGCCAUCAUUGUGGAUGACAUCAUUGAUGACGUGGAAAGCUUUGUAGCUGCUGCAGAGAUCCUGAAAGAGCGUGGGGCCUACAAGAUCUUUGUGAUGGCCACUCAUGGGCUCCUGUCUGCAGAUGCACCCCGUCUCAUAGAGGAGUCCUCCAUUGAUGAGGUGGUGGUAACCAACACAGUUCCUCAUGAGGUACAGAAGCUGCAGUGCCCCAAGAUAAAGACUGUGGAUAUCAGCUUGAUUCUCUCUGAAGCCAUCAGACGGAUCCACAAUGGGGAGUCCAUGGCUUAUCUCUUCCGUAACAUCACUGUUGAUGAUUAGACCUGCCCCUAUCCUGGCUUCCACAGGAGAAGGAAAUAUGCAUGAAAAGGCAAUACCAUAAAUUAUAGGUGUAACACAACUGUUUAUUCUUGUAGGAGGGGUGGGAGUUCUCAGGGCAUUCAACCAUGAGAUCCAAUAGAAAAAGAACAACCUGAGCAGCACUUUACAGUUGAACAGAAAGAAGAGGCCACUGGCAAAGGGGAGGAGGGUUCACAACAUGGAGACAGAGAGAUGCAGAAAUGAGGAAGGUUUGGAUUCUUAAGCUCCUUUCAUUAUCAUUAUUUUUAGUGUUAUCUCUUGCUCUGAAGGGUUGGGGGGGGGGAGAAGUGAAAGAAAGAAUGGCUGUCAGCUGCUGAGAAAGGAACAGAGAACACUCGCUGUGUGUGGACUGCAAGAGGAAGCAACCUUUGGGUUUCUGUUUCUGAUUGUGGCUUGUCUGAGAGCGAGCACAGAAAUGAAGUGAGCUGAGCUGCCCUGCUUGCUGCUGGCUGAGCACCCUCUGCUCUAUUGCAUGGCAUAACAAAUGGCUUUCAUUGGAUCCAAGUUAGCGGAACAGCCACAAAGGGCAGCUCAGGGCACUGGGAACAAACUGACUCCCCCUGUACCUCCCAGCAGGGUGAGGGGAGCUGCUGGGCCAUUGCAUUUAGUGAGCCUGGGCUCAUCGUUGUGCUUCAUUGAGGCUCUGGGUCAGCACUUGAACACUUGUCUGCACUGUAAAACCAGGUUGUGAUUCCUGGAGCUACUGAAUGGGGGCAGAACCUUCCUGGGGGUUGGAGUUGGAGCAUCAGCCUCCAGCACAGCUGGGCUUUAUGAACCGAUAAUCUUAAUGAAGCAAAUAAACGUGCUCUAGUGAAA